UGACCUGACCUAGGUAUCUUCUAUUAUUUACCUAUUAAUUUGAACGGAGUUAUCGGUGGUCUUCUCUGGAAUGUGGUCAGAAGAUUACCCGUGGAAAAAGUGUUUCUUUCUUCAAGUAUACUUACAUUACUUACACUAUAAGUAGUACGAGUACCUAAUAAUUUAUCCGCGACGAAUUUCACGAAAGAUGACGUUUGCAUUAUUGUUUCUUAUAAUGAUUGCAAAUAUUAUAGAUACAUUUCAUGGAAAACCAGUGAUUGAAAGUGCAUCAAUGACAUCUAUACAAAGAUUGACUAAGAUUCCGAUAACCUGGCACAAGGAUAAUAUUUCAAUGACGUGGCACAUGCCUGAGAUUCCAAUAACGCGGAACGGGCCUGAGAUUGAUAAAAACAGAACAGUGGUUUUAAGAGAAGCGGGUCCAAGAAUAACGUACUCUGAAUCAACUUUUGGAAAUGAUACUAAUUUCGGCUUCGAUGUAAAUGUAGACGGAUGGGACUUUUCCGUACCAGAUUUCGUCUACACGAUUAUUGCGGGUGUGAAAACAGUAAUAGACACGAUGACGAGACUUUUUCAAUUACGAAUACAAAGUGUUGAAUAUUCUGGAGGCGUCACAAACAUAACUUUAUACAAGUAAAGGAUUACAUCCGAAUGAAAACAAAGAAUGAGAACAACCGAUCAUGGAUAAGAUUUUUUGUACCUAUCGAGCAUUUAGAUUUAACUUAGUAGGUACAUAUUUAUUUAUGCAAUUUAAUUUCAUUUCACUCGCCUUCGGCUUCGGCUUGUUCAACAAACGUUGUUUACUUUACUCGUCCGGGAGACCUCAUUUUCUCCCAUUACUGCAUAAUAUACUCGUACUAGGUAUUAGCUAUGUACUUGAAGUCCGGCAUAUGGCAAUAGGAGUAAUUGCACCCCCCCCCCCCGCCGAUCCUCCGGGACAACUUUUUUCUUAAAGGGGACAUCCUAAGGAACAUUUUAAAGCAAACUUGCCAAAAAAAAGUUGGCCUUACUUACAAAAUGGCGGCCAUUUUGAUAGACAGGUCAGCCGAAAUCGCAGAUUUUGCGUUUUAACAUAGGACUUGCACGAACUUUUUCAAACUUUACAAAGAAUAGAUCGAAAGAUCAUGCAAAAAUUUAUCACCUGUCAAAAUUUCAAGUGCUAAAGUGCGUUUUUCGAUUUUUGGUGAAUUUUUGAAAAUCGAAUUUUGGCCAAAAAUGAGGGAAAAAAUCAAAAUUUUACCAAAUUGACCCAGAAAACUGAAAUUUAGGAUACGCCCUAUUUUCGACAUGCCAAAUCGAUUGGAACCGGUUUCAACCCGUUUUGAGCAGUUCUGGAGCCUCCAAGCAGAUUUUUGAAACUCGAAAUUCCCACAAAAUUCCAUCAAAUUGGAGUUGUAAAGCUAAAAUUUAUUCUAAAAACUAAUUUCAAUACGCUACGAAGUACUGCAGGUGAAUUUCAAGUCGUUUUGGAGCCUCCGGCGACUUUUUGAAAAUUCCUGAAGCCUCCAGCAGAUUUUUGAAACUUUGAAUUUUCACAAAAUUUCAUCAAAUGGAGAUGGAAAGCUGAAAUUUACUCUACACUCCAAUUUUAACACACUAGGAAGACGACUUCAGGUGGAUUCAAGUCAUUUUAGGGCCUCCAGCGACUUUUUUAAAAAAUUACUGGAGCCUCCAGCAGAUUUUUGAAACUUUUAAUUCUCACAAAAUUUCAUCAAAUGGAGAUGGAAAGCUAAAUUCACUCUACACUCCAAUUUUAACACCCUCUGAAGACGACUUCAGGUGGGUUCAAGUCAUUUUAGGGCCUCCAGCGACUUUUUUGAAAAUUACUGGAGCCUGCAGUAGAUUUUUGAAACUUGAAAUUUCCCCAACAUUAAUUUAUCAAAUGGAGUUGGCAAGCUGAAAUUUACUUCGCAGACUACAUGGUGGUUCCAAAUGGUUUUGAAGCUUCCAGCUACUUUUAGGAAAUUUCAAUUUUCCAAAAAAACGUCAUACAAGCUCUGAAAAAGCUGCUGGAGGCUCCAAAACGACU